AUCUACCCACUCGACUUGUCGUUCAAGACUUUCCAAGUGGGAUGAAGUCGCCGGCACCAAAUGAGUUCACUCGACUGCCAGAUUCAGUAUGAUUUCAUUGUGGGCGUGCCAGAGAUUCUUGGCUCUCGGGGUGUUUUGAAACUAGAUUUUCUUCCAAUCCGCGAGUUUUAAAGGAGUUUCUCUCUCUCUCUCUCUCUCUCUCUCUCGCUCUCUUACUCACACUGAAGAAGAAGCUUUCAAAAAGCUUCCAUAGCCGGCCUGUUACCGGCAGGGAGGUCGCUGGAGUCGAUUCUGUGUUGGGGGAAAGUUUGGAUUUGGCAGAUUGAAGGGGAAGUUUGGCGAUCUACAUCCAGUUUCAGCUCUGUGAGUGAGUUGUGUGUGUGUGUGGGGAGAGACAGGGAGACAGCGAGGCUUCGGGGCUUCCCUGCUCACAUGGCCGCUCGUCGGCGCCUCCUGCCUCGCUGCCCCUGUUCCUGCUGCAUGACAGAGGACGAGAAGGUGGCGUUUGACAUCAACACAAAGAUCAACCAGGCGCUGCUUCAGCAAAAGAAGAGACGGAAGCGGGACCUCAAGCUACUGCUGUUGGGCACCGGAGAAAGUGGCAAAAGCACGUUCAUCAAACAGAUGAGAAUUAUUCAUGGAUCGGGAUAUUCUGAGGAAGAUCGAAAAGCCUUUGCAAAGUUGGUCUACCAAAAUAUAAUCACUGCGAUGCAGUCCAUAACAAGAGCAAUGGACAGUUUGAAUAUCCAAUAUCAGUAUCAGGAAAAUAAGGAACAUUCCCACAUGAUAAAGGAAUUGGAAGCUUAUAAAAUCACGACCCUAGAUAGACAUCAUGUGGAUGCAAUUAAAAGUUUAUGGAACGACUUGGGAGUAAGGAUCUGCUAUGAACGCCGCCGCGAGUACCAAUUGCUCGACUCCACAAAUUAUUACCUAAGUGACAUUGAUCGCAUUGCAGCCAGUGAUUACAUACCAACUGAUCAGGACGUUCUGAGGGUCCGAGUACCAACAACUGGCAUUAACGAGUAUUCAUUUAAUAUGCAUAAAGUAUGCUUGAGAAUAGUCGAUGUUGGAGGACAGAAGUCUGAAAGAAGAAAGUGGAUCCACUGUUUUGAGAAUGUCAUGUCUGUUAUAUUCCUGGCCUCUCUCAGUGAAUAUGACCAGGUUCUGGAAGAGAGUGAGAAUGAGAAUCGAAUGAGGGAGAGCCUCGCUCUGUUUCACUUUAUUGUGAAGUCCAAGUAUUUUCAAACGUCAUCAAUAAUUCUGUUCUUGAAUAAAAUGGAUAUAUUGCAGGAGAAGAUUCUUAAGUCACAUUUAGCAGAGUACUUACAUGAAUUUAAAGGGACAAAAGGAAAUGCAGAAGCUGCAAAGGAAUUUAUCCUGGAGAUGUACAUGAGGCAGAAUGAGUCAAAGAGAACUAUGUAUCACCACUUCACCUGCGCCACUGACACAGAAAACAUCCGCAGAGUGUUUAUGGAUGUGAGGGACACGAUCUUGAUGAAGACAUUAAUUGACCUGGACUUGAUGUAAAAUGACUCAACAAAGGCCCAAUAAACAGUGCAUAGGAAGCGUUGUAGCCCUGGCAAAAGCAAGGACUAUAACCUCCUCUGCACAGAGUAGACAUAAAGUGGAAAUAUUCCAGUCCAUCCUUCGAGACAAUUUCAUCCAUGACAUGGAAUCCUUCAGUAUUUCCUGUGUUGAAGCGGGUUUUGGGAAACACAACUUCCAUAUUAAUGUACCAAUGAAGAAACUAAUAGGCAUUCAGGAGAUCUUUUCUGGAUGUCACUUGUGUGGGCCUGCACACUGGGAAUUAGCAGUGCAUUAACCAAAAAUGAGGCUGGGUGUGAAGGUGAAAUGAUGACCAAAGCUUUCUUUGUUGCUCAAGCUAAUGUUCAACAAAGUCAUUCAUCUGAUAUUUUAUUUCUAAAACCAGGCUUGGUUCAUUGAUAUUCCAAGUGAUAAUCUGCAUCGAUACAGACUGUUCCCAGAAUAAAUUCUCUAAGGUAAAGUGGUAUUAGAUGUGGGAUGUCAUGAUUCUGGCACAUAAGAAUGAAGGCAAGCAUCGUAUGACAGAAGAAGUAAACUGUACUUGCAAUGGCAGGCAGACAGCCAAUGAUGCGUCCACCAUUUUAGUGUCCAUGAUCUAUUCCAGCCCUGGCCUUCAAUGCUGUCCUGAUAUGCCACCCCUCCAGUGCAGCGACAGCAAGGUGGUGAAGUAAAAAUGAACGGCCUUUUGCCCCUUGUGCAUGCUGAGCCUUUCUUUAUACUCUGGCAAAAGUACCUGAAGGCAUUCCUGGACCUGUCCACAUGAGACCCAAUUCUGCUCCAUUUUGGGUGCAAAGAAAUGUGAGGUCUGAGCUCUGGCGAUAGGCUUCAAACCUCAAUCGUAACCAAGUUUUGAUUUGGUGGCACAACUCACCACAUCCACCACCACCGGCGGCACGGUGGCGCAGCGGUAGAGUUGCUGCCUUCCAGCGCUUUCAGCGCCAGAGACACUGGUUCGAUCCCGACUACAGGUGCUGUCCGUACUGAGUU